AGUUCCCUCACCCGGUCACCCCUGACCGCCCCCCAGACGCCCGCACGCACCAGCCUCGAGCCCUCAGCGACCGGAGACCAGCGGACGGCAGCCAUCGGCGAGGUGCUCUGCCGCCACCGGUUGCUCCCCCCUCUAACCCUCCCCUCCCCUCCUCUCCUCUCCCCCAUUAGCGUGCGCCCAUCCUUCUCCCGCACGACCAGGGAGGCCGGCGCCCCUAACCUCCCCCCACACCCGCAGGCCGCAGGCGACCGGCGACCAGGGGCUGGCGUCUGCGCCUUGCUUCUCCUCCGAAUCCACUCUCCCUCGCCUAGAGUUCGCGCCAGCUGCUCCAACCCGAGAUGGACAAGGAGAGGUUCAGGAAAAGAAGGUUGAUGCUUAUAAAGGCCGCUGCAUCCGUGUCUUCGUGUAUGGUCAUGUUGUAUGUCCGGCCCAGACUACAGAGAAAGAAAGAGAGUAUUUCCUAUGGGCCAAUCGAGGCAAGGGACAAGAAAAGGAUUGCCUUUCUAAAUAAUCAGAUUUACAAGGAUGAUAUAACUUGUCAGACAACGCUGAGGCUUACGAGGGCUUCUUUUUUCGGGUUGUGCCAAGUUUUGAGGGAACGCUCUUUGCUCCGUGACACUGUUCAUAUAUGUAUUGAGGAGCAAGUCGCCAUGUUCUUGAUCACAGUAGGACACAACCUUCGGAAUAGGGUUGUAAGUGCUAUUUUUAAUAGGUCAGGUGAACCAGUUAGUCGCUAUUUUGGACUAGUCCUCCAUGCUAUAGUUCAUCUAAGGGAUGAGUUUAUUAGUCCACCAUCAUUGGAGACCCCAACCAGAAUUGCUGGCGACCCAAGAUGGGACCCAUACUUCAAGGAUUGUAUUGGAGUCAUUGAUUGUACACAGGUACAGGCUUCUUCCUGUAAGAACGUGGAGACUGCCUUCCGUGGUAAGAAGUUAGUUGCAAGCCAAAAUGUGAUGGCAGCAAUUGAUUUUGACCUUCGUUUCACACAUGUGCUGGCUCGUUGGGAGGGAUCUGCACAUGACGAUGCUGUUUUAGUGGAUGCGAUAGAGUGCGAGAAUGGCCCAUGUGUUCCUCAAGGUAAAUUCUACCUAGUGGAAGCCGGAUAUGGAGCCAAACCUGGAUUUUUGCCACCUUUCCACAGCAUACAAUAUCACUUUACUGUGUGGGGGAACAAUCAUGUGCGAGAUGCAAGGGAAUUGUUCAAUCUUAGACACUCAUCUCUACGAGUACCUAUAGAACGUGCAUUCGCAUCACUCAAGCGAAGAUUUAAAGUUCUAGAUGAUGCAAAUCCAUUCUUUCCCUCCGCUACCCAAGUGGAUGUUGUGAUAGCUUGCGUCAUCCUCCACAACUGGGUUCUUUCCCAAGGCACUGAUUGUUUCAUUAUACCGGAGAUUAAUUGGAAACCUAAACCCCCUAGUUCUCAGAUAGAGCAUACCCAUGACGAUAGACACAUGGUUGAGUUCAGACAAGCCCUUGCUGACAAAAUGUGGGAAGACCAUCAAAACUAUCACCGCAAUGAUGCUGACUUCUUGAACACUCCAACUUACUAUCACGAGAUGGCCACAAUCUUCAGUGAUAGUGUGGCUCCUGAUGUAUACGCUAAGAGUGUGGAUGAGCUUCUUGCUGUAGAUGUGGCCGGGAAUGAAAUUGUUACUGGAGGAAAUGACACUUUUGCUGCCAGUGUUGAAGAGUUUACACUGCCUUUUCCUAUUCCCGACUGGGGGAAGAAUGGCGAUUCCUCUAGCAGUAAAGCAUCGAAAAGGGCCAAGGUAAACAAUGAUGACGAGUUGAUGCAUUUGAUGACCAGCCUUGAUAACCUUGCCAAAGCUAUAGAGAAAUCUGAAUGCGUAGAUACAGAUGUCCCUGACGAUCUUUGGGGUAACCUGAUGAAUCUCCCUGGAUUUGAAGAGGCGCAUCUUACCCAUUACUAUGCUCAUCUAGUUGAGAAUGCUGCAAUUGGUAGAGCAUUCAACAAACUUAGCAUGUCCAACAAAAUGACAUGGGUAGCUAGAUAUAUCGAGAACCACCUUUCUGAGUAGAACCUACUUUUAUGUUUGAACUAUGUGGCAACACUGCCUUUUGUUGCCAAUAGAAACAACAACUAUGCGGUAUGGCCGUGCUGUGUCCGUGUGUGUUCUGUAACAGGCAUUGCUAUCUCUAUGUUUGUUGUGCUACAA